GAUGUCACAUUGAGGGAAAGAGGUCCAGCAGCGCUGACGUGGGUUGUGCCAGAUCCUAUGGCAGGAAUGGAAGUAUUUUUCACGUGAAAUGCGAGGAAUUUGUUGAGCGAGAAUUCGAGAGCGAAUGCAGGGCAUCGCGGACACUCGACUAGGAUUGAUAGCUUCUUGGAAAAAUCGGAUAAGUGCUUUAUAUAUUUUUUUUUCCGCAAUGAUGGAAGUCCGGCGCAGGCGAAUGAAAUCGCAGGACACUAAACACGGCGCACACAUGGAAAACGACGCAAAUACAACGAUAAGUCAGUCGAGGAAUCAAAGGGAUGAGGUUGCACUAGACAAUCCAAUAGAAAGUAAUAAAGUAAAUAGGUCAUCAGAUUCUAUUGAAUCAAAAAAACAUAUAUCGAACGAUGUUCGUGCUCGGAUCAAAAUCAGUUUGGAGAUUGAUCUGAUAGCAGCAAUUUUACUAAUUACAGGCAUCUUUAUUCGCCUUCAUCGCCUCGAGGAACCACGUAAUAUAGUAUUCGAUGAACUACAUUAUGGCAAGUACGUCGGAUUAUACAUGAAGAGGACGUUCUUUUUCGAUUCUCAUCCACCUCUAGGAAAGCAAUUGGUUUCCGCAGCGGCAUACUUGGCUGGAUUCGACGGACAAUUUAAAUUCGAUAGAAUCGGAAGUUCUUAUAGCGACACAGUUCCUCUGUACGCUUUACGCCUAGUACCGGCAAUAUGUGGAAGUCUGCUGAUCCCUACGGCAUAUCAUCUCAUUCUAGAGCUGGGCCUAAGACAAUGGGCCGCGACAAUUGGCGGGAUUUUACUAUUAUUCGACAAUGCAUUGUUGACACAGUCUAGAUUUAUCCUGAUGGAAAGCAUUUUGAUGCAAUUCUCUUUGCUUGGUUUGUUGUGCAUCAUAAAAUUCCGAAAAAUUAUGGACCGACCGACAUCCGCGUCCUGGUGGAUUUGGCUGAUAUUAGGCAUUGCGAAUUUAACAUGCGCGAUGUGUGUCAAAUAUGUUGGAUUUUACUCGAUGAUUCUCGCGCUUUUCCUGAUCGCUCGCGAUUAUUGGUCCCUGCUCCCGAAGAAGACUCUAUCGAGUGCAAUGUUGUGGGUCCAUCUUCUAAUAAGGAUCGUCGUGUUGAUUAUCGUUAUUGCCACCACGUAUCUGAGCAUAUUUUAUGUACACUUGGCAAUACUCUCGAAAGCAGGCCCACACGAUUCGGUCAUGACGAGCGCGUUUCAAGCGAGUUUGGAAGGAGGACUCGCCAGUAUUACGAAAGGACAACCUUUGGAAGUGACACACGGCUCACAGAUCACUCUCCGACAUACAUAUGGCAGAGCUUGUUGGCUACAUAGUCACAACCAUGUAUAUCCAUUGCGAUACCCCGAUGGUCGUGGCAGCUCUCAUCAGCAGCAAGUCACUUGUUAUUCAUUUAAAGAUGUUAACAACUGGUGGAUUGUCAAGAGACCAGACAAAAACGAUCUGGUAGUGACGAAGCCUAGCGAGCCUAUCCGGCACGGGGAUGUGAUUCAACUAGUACAUGGAAUCACGAGCAGGGCGUUGAACUCGCACGACGUUGCGGCGCCGAUGACACCGCAAAGUCAAGAAGUGUCGUGUUAUAUAGAUUACAAUGUGUCAAUGCCAUCGCAAAAUCUCUGGCGGGUAGAGAUUACGAACAGAGAUCACGGUGACGCGUGGCACGCGAUACAAAGCCAAGUGCGGUUGAUACACGUGCACGCGAACGGAGCAGAGUUUGCGUUAAAAUUCAGCGGCAGACAACUGCCCGACUGGGGCUUCAAUCAGCACGAAGUGGUGGCGGAUCGACUGAUAGAUCAGUCCAAUUCCAUCUGGAAUGUUGAAGAGCAUCGUUAUACCAAGAGUGAGGACCAAAAGCAACGAGAACGGGAACUAAUUAGCGCGGAAAUGAUACCCUUGCAAGCGACUGCGUUAAGCUUCUGGGAGAAAUUUGCAGAGCUGCAGAUCAAAAUGUUAUUCGGCGGCCAGGAGAGUCAGAACAGCCACAUGUAUUCCAGCGGGCCAUUCGAAUGGCCAUUGAUGUCCCGGGGAAUCGCGUAUUGGGUGUCGAAUGAUAGCAAUGCACAAGUACAUCUUUUGGGAAAUAUUGCGAUUUGGUAUUCCGGCACGAUCUCGGUAAUCGUGUAUUCGGGGCUACUAAUAUUUUAUUUGAUGAGAAGAAGAAGAAAAUGCUUUGAUAUUGCCGAGGAAGAAUGGGAAAAGUUCAUUAACAACGCUUAUGUAUUGUUAGCUGGAUAUUUUCUUCAUUUCUUACCCUUUUUAUUUGUUGAACGAACUUUGUUUUUGCAUCAUUACUUACCAGCUUUUAUUUUCAAAGUCUUAUUAACAGCAACCACAAUUGAUCAUCUGUAUUAUUUAAUCGGCACUCAUCGUCCACGGAACAUUUCAUUGUACAUUCUAACGUGUAGUACCAUCACUUGGAUACUGUUUGUCAUUUAUGUAUUUAAGAAAUUCAUUGUAUUUAGUUAUGGAACAUCAGCUCUCACUGCCAAGGAUGUGAUAAAAUUGAGAUGGAAAGAUACCUGGGAUUUUAUUGUACAUAAAACGUAAGAGUUUAUCGGAUUUAAAAGUAAGAGUUUAUCGGAUUUAAAAGUCAAAAUUAAUACUCUAUCAAGAUAUAUAUUUUUAACCCUUUAACUACGGUUGUUCUCAAAAAAGGACAAAACGUAAAUUUUAUGAAAUUUUAUUUUCAAUAAACAAUUUUAAGAUAUCUGUGAUGCAGGGAUUGCUUAUUGACAAUCUAAUUGAUUCUGUUUACAUUGUUAUCUCGAGUCUAUACAGUUAUUUAUUUUAUUAAGUGUGUAGUUAAUAAAAUAACCAACUAUAGAUAGAUCCGUAGUUAAAGGAUUAAUUAAAAAUGUUAUAUUCGAAAUACAUGACAUUCACGAAACAUUAUACAUUAUACGUACAAAUUAACAUUUUUAUACAAAGAGAUUUAACAGAUAUUGUUGCUUUUAAUGAUAUAUAUGUAAUAAGAUAUUUUUGAAUCUAUAAGUAUUAUAGAUAGGAUAAACGCUAUAAUGAUAAA